AAAGAAAUGAGACCUCAGCUGAAGUUGUCUGCCUGAUACUGAAGAAGAAACGCGGUGGUGGUGCUGACUAAAGACUAAAACCUCUCUUUAUGGCCCCUAUCAAGCUGUGUGUGAGAGAAUUUAUCAUACUGCUUCAGAUCUAGGGAGCUUUGUUAACAUGCCUGAAAUAAAAGUCACUCCCUUGGGGGCUGGCCAGGAUGUGGGACGCAGCUGCAUCCUCGUGUCCAUCGCAGGGAAAAACGUAAUGCUGGACUGCGGGAUGCACAUGGGCUACAAUGACGAUAGGCGCUUUCCUGACUUUUCUUACAUCACUCAGAAUGGAAGACUGACUGACUUCCUAGACUGUGURAUUAUCAGCCACUUCCACUUGGACCAUUGUGGAGCCUUACCAUACUUCAGUGAAAUGGUUGGCUACGACGGACCGAUUUACAUGACGCAUCCUACCAAGGCCAUCUGCCCAAUCCUUCUGGAGGACUACAGGAAAAUCACUGUAGAUAAGAAAGGGGAAACUAACUUCUUCACAUCCCAAAUGAUUAAAGACUGUAUGAAAAAAGUUGUUGCUGUUCAUCUUCACCAGACAGUUCAGGUGGAUGAGGAGCUGGAGAUCAAGGCGUAUUAUGCUGGCCACGUGCUAGGAGCAGCCAUGUUCCAGAUUAAGGUUGGAUGUGAGUCUGUUGUUUACACUGGUGAUUAUAAUAUGACUCCAGACAGACAUUUAGGUGCUGCGUGGAUUGAUAAGUGUCGCCCAGAUUUAUUAAUAAGUGAAUCCACUUAUGCCACAACUAUCAGAGACUCCAAACGCUGCAGRGAAAGGGAUUUCUUGAAGAAAGUUCAUGAGACUGUAGAAAGAGGAGGGAAGGUUCUUAUCCCAGUUUUUGCCCUUGGACGCGCCCAGGAACUUUGCAUUUUAUUGGAGACCUUCUGGGAAAGAAUGAACCUGAAGGCUCCAAUUUAUUUUUCCACGGGACUGACAGAAAAGGCAAAUCAUUAUUACAAACUCUUCAUCACAUGGACGAAUCAAAAAAUUCGGAAAACCUUUGUGCAGAGAAACAUGUUUGAAUUCAAACACAUCAAAGCAUUUGACCGGGCCUACGCAGAUAAUCCAGGACCUAUGGUUGUCUUUGCAACCCCUGGAAUGCUUCAUGCGGGACAGUCCCUUCAGAUCUUCAGGAAAUGGGCAGGGAAUGAAAAAAACAUGGUCAUCAUGCCAGGCUACUGUGUGCAAGGAACUGUAGGCCACAAGAUUCUGAGUGGCCAGCGCAAGCUGGAAAUGGAAGGACGACAAAUACUGGAGGUGAAGAUGCAGGUGGAGUACAUGUCCUUCAGUGCCCAUGCUGAUGCCAAGGGAAUAAUGCAGCUGAUUCGCCAGGCAGAGCCACGCAAUGUUCUCCUGGUCCAUGGUGAAGCAAAGAAAAUGGAGUUCCUGAAGCAGAAAAUCGAGCAGGAAUUUCAUGUGAGCUGUUACAUGCCUGCRAAUGGAGAGACAACAACAAUAUUCACCAAUCCCAGCAUUCCUGUGGACAUAUCCCUGGGACUCCUGAAGAGAGAAACAGCAAUAGGUCUGUUACCUGAUGCCAAGAAGCCAAAGCUCAUGCAUGGCACGUUAAUUAUGAAGGAUAACAGCUUCCGGCUGGUUUCUCCAGAGCAGGCCCUGAAGGAGCUGGGCCUUGCAGAGCAUCAGCUGCGUUUCACCUGCCGCGUUCACAUUCAGGAUCCGCGGAAGGAACACGAGACGGGGCUCCGCGUGUACAACCACCUCAAAGCGAUCUUGAAAGACUAUUCAGUUCAGCAUCUCCCUGAUGGUUCUAUAACAGUAGAGUCCAUUCUUAUCCAAGCUACAGCACAUUCAGAGGAUCAAGGAACAAAAGUCUUGCUUGUAUCCUGGACAUACCAGGAUGAAGAGCUAGGCAGCUAUCUCACAUCCCUGCUCAAAAAAGGACUGCCUCAGAGUACAGCUUGAGCAACAGAGCAGCAGCCAGGGUGGCAGCGCCUCAGAGAGAGAGAGAUUUAAUUUGUUACCUUGUCAUGAUGGAAAACUAAGGAUAGACAUAGCAUCUGCAGGUUGCUGGUUUCAUUUUAAUACAGGAAUUAAAAUGUUUGUCCAAUACGUGCAGUGAGAGUGUACAUGGGACUACUGGUCAGCAGUGCUGCAGUCGUCUUCCUUAGCGUCCUGCCCCGGAGUCACUGCAGCCUGUUUUUAAMGAGCCCUGA